AUGGUCAGAUUGACUGGUUUGUCACUUGAUCCCGAGUUCCCCCCACACCAUCACAACGCUGCCUCUCCACAACCUGGGUCCAAGAACGCCGCCGGCGCUACCACUUCCAUUGAGGCACCUGCCGCGGACGCAGCACCGAACUCUGCCGAGGACGGGGAGUACCACGCUGACGAGACUGCUGAAACCGACGGUAACGCUCCUUUGACCCUCAGGGCUGUUGUGAGCACUCGCGAAGCGGGUGUUAUAAUAGGAAAGGGCGGAAAGAACGUUGCGGAAAUCCGUGACGUUGCCGGUGUCAAGGCAGGAGUAAGCAAAGUGAUCCAUGGUGUGCAUGAGCGCAUUUUGACUGUAUCCGGAACGGUCGAGUCUCUCGCCAAGGGGUUCUAUCUUGUAGCCAAACAUCUCAUUGAAAACCCUAUUGAGAACUCUCGACAACGCGAACCGGUGCAAUCCGACACUGCGAACAUUCACUUGUUGGUUUCCCACCAGCUGAUGGGCUCCAUCAUUGGCAAAGGAGGGUCCCGCAUUCGCGACAUCCAGGAACAAUCUGGCGCCAAGAUUACAGUCUCCAAGGACAUGCUCCCCCAGUCAACUGAACGAGUUAUUGAUAUUUACGGCAACGCCGACGCCAUUCAAACCGCUGUUGAGCAGAUCUCAGAAUGCAUCUUGAACGAUAUUGCAAGGGCCGCUGGCACCAUUUACUACUACCCUGAGAACCGACAUGCGCGCCAGUACCAGCGUGGAUACAACGACCAGUAUGCCAAUGACAACGGCUUGCGGUCGGGCGAACGCCGAGGCCGCCGAGGCAGCUACGGCGAGGGAACGCACAACGGACCGCGAGGUCGCCACGGACAACGGGGACCGGCUUCCGGUGGACCGCAGAACGACAUUCCUAGCGGUAGCAACGGCCUCCACGUCAUCUCCAACGACACCACCGGCCCUGACCAGCAUGUUCAAACCAUUGCGGUCCCGAACGAUGUGGUGGGCGCCAUCAUCGGUCGCAGCGGCUCCUUCAUCAAUCAGAUUCGCAAGUCCUCCAAUGCCAGACUCCGCAUCAACGAGCAGCAGGAAGGUCAAACCACGCGUACCGUCACCAUCACAGGAUCGGCGGAGGGAACCAAGAUUGCGUUGGAGAUGAUCUACAACCAGCUUGAAGCCGAGAAGCAGAGGCGAUUGGCUAAGAGCGAGCAGCCUGCCGAAGAAGGCCAGCAAGGCGAAUAUUGA